CCAGGAAAUGCUAAAAAGGAACACAGAAAAUAAUGGGAGAUGUAGAGAGAAUCUUUGCUAUAAUAUUAUCAAUGACGGUUCGGGUUUUCAAUUGAUCUGUACCUAAAACCCGACCGGAAUUACGCCACAGUGUUAUUUUUAGUUUUUGGAUUCUGUGAACUAUUUUAUUGGAAGAUGCUGUGUAUUCAGUUCGGUAAAUUAAUCGUGCGGUUCGUACAGUGUUGAACUUCCACUUCUCUUCUUCUAUGGGCGCGCAAGGAGAAGUACCAACCGUCGACAAUUCGAUGCAGCGCGUCAAGGUAUACCUUCUGACUGAUGACGGGACAUGGGAUGACCAAGGAACCGGUCACAUCACUGUUGAUUAUCUGAAGAAAUCUGGAGACUUGGGACUUUUUGUUAUUGAUGCAGACAAUGAAACACUACUAUUGCACCGCAUCAGCUCAGAUGAUAUUUAUCAUAAGCAAGGAGAUAUGAUUAUUUCGUGGAAGGACCCAGAAUUCUCUACUGAAUUGGCCCUUAGCUUCCAAGAGACAAGUGGUUGCUCUCACAUAUGGGAUCAUAUAUGUAGUGUGCGAAGGAAUUUUAGCUCUCUUGAUCGUGAGACAUAUCACAAUGUCAAUGGUAUGAUGAUGGAGUUGCCUCCAGUAGAGCUAUCUACGCUCCCUUUGAUACUUAAGAAUGUAGUUGGGAGUAGGAUUGCUGGUGAGGUCCAAGUGGCUGAACACUUAAUACAUGAUGAAUAUUUUUUUGGGAAGCUGAUAGGCUUGUUUAGAGUCUCUGAAGAUUUGAAAAAUAUUGAUAGUCUUCACACGAUUUUCAAAAUUGUUAAAGGAAUCAUCUUACUCAAUAGUCCUCAGAUUUUUGAGAAAAUAUUCAGGGAUGAGCUAAUCAUGGAUAUAAUUGGAUGCCUUGAAUAUAAUCCCGAUGUACCUCAUGUCCAUCAUCGACACUUUUUAAGAGAGUACAUGGUGUUUAAGGAGGCCAUACCUAUUAAAGACCCUGUUGUCCUUCCUAAGAUACAUCAGACCUACAGAGUUGCAUAUCUAAAGGAUGUUAUCUUGCCCAGGGCAUUGGACGAGGCCACAGUUGCAAAUCUUAAUUCUAUAAUUCAUUCAAAUAAUGCAAUUGUUGUCUCUUUGUUAAAAGAUGACAGUACUUUCAUUCAGGAGUUAUUUGCAAGGUUGAAGUCCCCUACCACUUCCACAGAAUCAAAGAAAACUUUGGUACACUUCUUGCAUGAAUUUUGCACCUUAAGUAAGAGCUUGCAGAUGACUCAGCAACACCAGCUAUUUAGGGAUCUUCUGAGUGAAGGCAUACUUGAUAUCGUAGCUGAUGUAUUGCAGAAUGAAGACAAGAAGCUUGUAUUGACUGGGAUAGACCUCCUCGUUCUUUUCCUAAAUCAGGACCCAAACGUUCUGCGUUCUUAUGUAACUCGGCAGGAUGUUCUUUUUGGACUUCUGGUGAAAUAUCUGCUGGCAGAUUUUGGAGAUGACAUGCAUUGCCAAUUUUUUGAAAUUCUUCGCAAUCUUUUAGACUCAUAUUCAUCAGAAUCUCAGAAAGAUACUAUCAUUGAAAUUUUCUAUGAGAAGCACCUGGGUCAACUAAUUGAUGUUAUAACAUCAUCGUGCCCCUCAAUCAGUAUUGGUCAAAUCGUCAAUAAAUCAGUAAGCAUCGAUGGAGAGACCAGAAAUCAAAAAAGAGUGAGACCUGAAAUACUAUUGAACAUUUGUGAUCUUCUGUGCUUUUGUAUAUUACGCCAUCCUGACAGAAUAAAAUGCAGUUUGCUUUGUCAUAAUAUGAUCGGUAAGGUUUUGUAUCUGACACAGAGAAGAGAAAAGUACCUUGUAGUUGCUGCUGUUAGAAUUAUGAGGACUCUUGUUUCUCGCAUUGAUGAAGAUAUGAUGAAUCAUAUAGUGAAGAACAACCUUUUCAAACCUGUUGUAGAUGCAUUUGUUGCAAAUGGAGAUCGUUAUAACCUUUUGAAUUCUGCUGUUCUUGAACUUUUUGAAUAUAUCCGGAAGGAGAACUUGAAGAUAUUGCUCAGAUAUCUAGUUGGUUCAUUCUGGGAUCAGCUGGUAAAGUUCGAGAAUUUUUCUUCUGUUCACUCUCUAAAAGUUAAAUAUGAGCAGUCCCUAGAGAGUGCAGGAACAAGAAUCACUGCUAGUUUGUUAGACCAUAGGAAACGACCAGAUGAGCGUGCAUUGGAGAAGGAAGAAGAAGACUACUUUAAUGACAACAGUGAUGAAGAAGGUUCAGCAUCUGUGCCUAUGGACAGUGCCAAUAGAGUGCAAUCGCAGUCUAUGUUGCCUAGUCGGUCUGUCCUGAGCUCCCCGUCCCCAAGGUCCUGUGGACUUGUCGACUAUGUUGAAGAUGAAGAUGAAGAUGACGUGAAUUACAAGCCACCGCCUAAAAAACUUUCAAAUAUAUCUGACGAUGAGAAGGGAGUGUCAGAGUUCCAGUUGAAACUUAAAUCGGUUUCAGAGGAGCCCAAGCCUAAAAGGAUAAAGUGGUCACCUAAAGGUGCUAAGCCAAGAGAAGUUGUAUUUGCAUCAUUAUGCUCAACCCUAAGUCAGACAGUACUGCCCGGUAAGAAAACAGAACAAACUGCACUCGACAUGUCUCACUCGGACACAAACAAGAAUUCCAGUGAACCAAAUCACGAAGAGAAAGGCCAUAUAAGCACUCCCGACGAGGGCAAAAAAGCAGUUGUGGAAAACCUUGCCAACAAGGUAGAAAAUGAUUCUUCUACAAGUUAUUCUAAUACCUUACCCGAUUCCCCAGAUAAUAGGCAGCACCCAGAGAUGGCCGUAAAUGGAUCUUGAGUUAUAUUUAGAAUCGAUAUUUUUGCCAACUAUAAUACUUGACUGCAAAAGUGCUGGGUGAGAGAUCCGUCCCAUGUAGGCAUGUACCGGAACUUCUAAUAGAACUGAACCAAAUGAACCAGGAUAACGUGCGAAUGCAAAUACCCUUAAUAUCAGGAGAAAAUACUGUACAGUAUUGUUGCAAGGUUGCGGAGGUAUUAUUCAUAGGAUUCCCCCUUAUUCAGUAUUUCGAUUUUUUCAACUCAGUGAUUGCUCCCUUUGUAACCAAUUGCUUCUGUUCUCCACUCGAUCUUUUCUGCUUAUUUAUAUGUAGUAGUCGAUACGCUUUAUAGUUCAUGAACUAUAUUGGCAUGUUUGAUAAGGUGGGGUAAACAAUAUUUGUUUCCUUUGUGAUAUAAGUAGAGAAGAAAUCUGUCCAGCACGCUGCUGAUUCUUCACAAGCCAUGGGUGUAACAGAGAGGUUGAAGAUUGAGUUGCCUGAAAAGUGGAAUUUGCUUUUGGUUCCUUUUAAACCACCAGAUGCAUUUUCCUGCUGAAUAAAAACUUUCAAUAGGCUAAUGGAAUCAUUUUGGAUCAUAUAAUUUUUUUUCAUUGCAAGAUGUUGAGAUCAGAUGGAUCAGAAAUCUUGUAGACAGAUCUUGUUACUGUUUACUUGCCAUGAAUUGAAAAAAAUAUUUCUUC